AUAAUAUAUUACAUUUAUUAGCCUUUCACCAGUGUCUGAUUUCACCUCAUAUCCUUCUAUCUGCUCCAUAUAAACCUCACAAUCAAGUAAAUUACAUGAAGAAGCUAUAUUCAGCUUUUUCUCAGGAUAUGUAGAAAUAAAGAAACACUCCAGAAAGUGCAAAAAAGAUGUGCUCCAUUAUUUCAUUAUGGUAAAACACCUCUAGAUGGCACACUCUCUGCAGCAUUAAAACCCUCGACAAGCCUAUUAUACUUUCAACUAUUAUCACUUGUGUCAAGUCAAAUUUGCAUGUUUUGAAUCAUAAAGAAAUAUGCCAAGACAUCAGUAUUAUAACUACCUACCUUCUGAGUUUCAUUCUUAAAGCUACACUAUGUAGCUUUUUUUAUUUUAAAAACAACAAAAUUGUAUUAAUGAGAGAGUGCAACAAACAACCAUCUUCCAAACCAUGUCUUUACCCAAAUACACUUUCAUAAACCUAUAAUAAUGAUUUAUAUUUUAGAGCUGUCAGGACGGAUUUCGUGGGAAAUUGCAUACAUACGUCAUUCGCCCGUGCGUGUCACAUCAUAUUCGUACACAGAGAAAAUAAGCUCCGGCUACUGUAGCUCAUGCAUGGUGUGGGAGUAGCAUGAAGCUGAAAGUUUGUUGUCACAACGAACGAGAAAAACUGACCAUGGAUCAUUCAAAACAGCAAACUUCCGGGGAAUCACAGGUUGUAAAAACAAAGAAACCCCGAACAGAGCAGAGUCUACAAGCAAAAAUGGAAAACAACAGAGUCCGUAAUAAAACCCGAAUCAACAUCAGCUUGGCAUUUCAGAGGUGGCGACAACUCCGAGAUCUGAAAGGAUUCAAAAGUGACCCAGAGAUGGCUUUUUUCUCACUCAAAGGGGAAACAGCUACCAGUUGUUCAUGCAAAGAGGUUGUUGUGGGCUUUCAUAACGCACACCUGAAGAGAGAAGGAAGGAAAACAAGGAAGACAGAAAAUGGGGGAAACAGCUACAAAUUGUUCAUGCAAAGAGGUUGUUGUGGGCUUUCAUAACGCACACCUGAAGAGAGAAGGAAGGAAAACAAGGAAGACAGAAAAUGGUGAACACCACUUUGGGACCUCAAAAUGCGAGCAGAGACACAACAUACAAUUUCACAGGCUUAUCAAGCCUUGACAUCUUCAUUAUAUGCAUGUAUUUUGUCAUCUUUGCUGUGGGUAUCAUUGGAAAUGGGCUUGUCAUAUUUGUGACUGGCUACAAAAUGAAGACAACGGUCAACUCCAUUUGGUUUCUCAACUUGGCGAUUGCAGACUUCAUCUUCAUUUUAGUCCUGAUUAUCAACAUCUUAAUUGCCUUUUACAAGAACGCUUGGCACUUUGGUGACGUAAUGUGCAAGUUUAUCUCAUUUGUGGCGGUGCUAAACAUGUUUGCAAGUAUUUUUUUACUGACAGCUAUCAGUCUGGACCGAUGCCUGUGCACAUGGGUGAUUGUGUGGGCUCAGAAUAAACGAACUCUUGUCAAAGCCAGGAUUAUCUGCACAUUUGUGUGGUUUUUAUCAAUCGGCUGCAGCAUCCCUUUUGUCAUCUAUCGCCAAGUAAAAAAAGAUAAUGAAAUUAAAUACUGCUCCUUUACAGCCAGCACAGAUAUCUUAAAGUCUCUGAUCACGUACAGGUUUGUGGUGGGGUUCCUCAUCCCCUUCCUGAUCAUUGUAUCUUCAUACAUAGCUAUUGGAGUGCGGGCCAAACGCCUCAAAAGAGGAAAGCAACAUAGACCUUUCUGGAUCAUUAUAGCUGUGAUCAUGGCCUUUUUUAUUUGCUGGUUUCCUUUCCAUGUUCAACAAUUGUGUUACAUUAGUGCAGUGCGGAAUAAAUGGAGUGUUACAAAUAUAAUUGAAAACUCAGGGAGUUUACUUACCUGCCUGGCUUAUCUAAACAGCUGUCUGAACCCCAUUCUUUAUGUGUUCAUGUGUGAGGAGUAUAAGAAGAAGCUUAAACAGUCCUUGCUGCUGGUGCUCGAAUCGGCUUUUGCAGAAGAACAACUAGGCUUCCGAUUAGCUCGCUUCUCCACUUGUUCACGCCUCUCAGAGACACAAGGUGCCAAGCAAACGACACCACCAUCUCCUCCACUGCCAGUGGCCAGGACAAAACCAGCCUUUAAAAACACCAGUCUCUGAGUGAUUGGAAAACAUUUAUUCUUCAUUUUAUACUGAGGUGUCAGCAAUCUAAAAAGCAUAUCAACAAGCACUCCACUUUUGAUGCCUUGCUAGAAACUAGAAACAUAAGCAAUUGACUUGAGACUUGACUCAAAUUUGAAACUCACAAACAUCACACACAGGUUUUUAUGGCUACAGGGAUGUUCUCUUAAUGUUGAGAUACUGUUUAGAUACAAGGGGGUGUGGAUAUUUUCUCAUGUUCUAGGAAAUCAUGAGAAAUAAUAUAUUUGUAAUUACACAUGAAAUAAAUUAAAAAAAAUAGUAUUGACUUAGAUUUGGCCUUAAACGGCUUGUGAGUAGAUUUGGACUCGUGACAAAAGACAUAACACUUGUCUUGGACUCCAAACUGGAAACUCGUAAACAAAAAAUAUUUUAAUCUACAAGGAGAAAAAUUUUCUUUAAACACUAAUAUACUGUUUAGAAAUGAGGGGGGCUCUCAUGCACGCUUAUUCCUGUAAAAAUGAGUGGCCAUUUGUUCACUUUAUCCAGGAAACCCCUUGAAACAAUACAUUUUAGUAACACAGUCAAAAGUGUUACUAAAAGAGAUUUAAGCCUUGACUUGGACUCAUGGCAAAGACUAAGACUUGACUUUGACUCUGCAUAUUAAUAUGGGGUAGGAGGAGUAUCCUACCAUUUAUUGUAUUUUUUGCACCAUUUCGUUACAUUUUUUUUUUCUCAUUGUCUUGUUUUACACAACCACCAUGUGACUUUGUAAUACUGUCAUUUCAGUGCUUGUUACUGUCUUUUGAGGAAACAUUUUGUCUGCAGUCUUCCACAACUUUAUGAUUAUAAAGACCAUUUUUAUGUCUUUUCUUUAUUAAGCAUAAAACAUCUACAGUACCUUAUAUCUACAGUUAACUUCGGCAAAUGUAAAUAAUAUGAA